GUUUUAAAAACUCGCGGGUGAUUGACAGCUGGUUUAUUGAGUAAAUGGCGGAUUUGUGUUUAUUCAUCAAGUUAUAAUCAUCACAUCAGUUGGACGAAUGGAUUUGUUGUGUCUAACGUGACAAUAUUGUUUUUUUUAUUUUUUAUUUAAUAAUAAUUAGAUUUAUUUAUUGAGAUGGACAGAAUAAUCAAAGGGAUAAUGAAAUACAGACAGUGUCAUAGAGAAGGAAUGGUCAAACAAUUUCAACGAGUUCGUGAUCAUCCUGAGCCAAAAGCAGUAUUUUUUACAUGCAUGGAUUCCCGGAUGAUACCAACUAGAUUUACAGAAACAAAUGUUGGUGACAUGUUUGUUGUGCGAAAUGCAGGAAAUGUGGUACCACACUCUCAGCAUUUUUCUGAUGAAUUAGAAAUGUGUGAACCAGCUGCACUGGAGCUUGGAUGUGUUGUCAAUGACAUUAGACAUGUUAUUGUUUGUGGACACAGUGAUUGCAAAGCUAUGAAUUUAUUAUAUGCACUACGUGAUGAAGAAUUUGCAUCAAAAAUCAAUAGAAGAAUAUCACCAUUGAGAGCAUGGCUAUGUGCACAUGCUAGCAGUAGUUUAUCAAAAUUUCAACAACUUGAAAUUAGUGGUUUUCGUGAGCCAAUAAUAUUCCAAGCUGAAACACCAAUGCGAAAAUUUGUUGCAUAUAUUGAUCCAGAAGAUAAAUUUGCAAUUGAAGAUAAACUUUCACAGAUAAAUACACUUCAACAAUUACAAAACGUUGCAUCAUAUGGUUUUUUAAAAAAACGAUUAGAACGUCAUGAACUUCAUAUUCAUGCAUUAUGGUUUGAUAUUUACACUGGUGAUAUCUAUUACUUCAGUCGUGGUAAUAAACGUUUUGUUGAAAUAAAUGAAUUAACAGAAACUCCAUUAUUAAAAGAAAUCAAAAAAUAUUAUUCAUAAAACGAAAAUACAUAAAUAAAUUUAAUUAAACAUUUUUUUACUUAAAAUUGCAUUUUUAGAUGAAUUUUAUAUUAUCAAUAAUUAAUCAAAGUGUUCAAUUAUAAUAAUCAAAUGAAAACAAAAAAAAAUUUAAAUCAACGAAUUAAAAUAUCAAGUAGAACUUUCGUACCUGUUGAAAAAAGUAAAAAUAAAAUAAAUUUAUAAUUUGUUUUUGAAUAUUUUUUUAAUAUACAUAUGAAAAAUAUUUAUUAUUAAAUUAUUAUACAGUUAAUUGUUUAUAAUAUUUUUUGUUAACUAUUAUUUAAAGAAAAAAAAAAAAAUUAUAUUUGUAAUAUUUUUUUAAAUAAAAAAAAUAUAUAUUCUAACGUAAUGCGAUUGACAUUUUAUUUUUUUUUUAUAAAAUUAUGAUGAGUGAUGGUAUAUAAAGAAAGUGAAUAAAUAAAAAUAGCAGACCUAUUUAAAUAACGUGUGUGUGUGAUCAAUUUAUUGGAUAUAUAACAUAUGGAUUUUGAAUUGGCUGUUAUAAAUAAUGUUUUACUUUCUCGUCAUAUACACAAAGUAGCAAAGCAUGAUUAUCAAGUUGUCCCCAAAGGACAAGGGUACUUAUCUUGUUUCAUUGGUUGUAUAUAAAAACCACAGCCAUAUGCCAACAGAUGACUGGUCAUCCAAGACACCAAAGAAAGUUUAAGCUAUUUGGCAUUCAUUGCUUUUAUUAAAAACUCGUUCGUUCUACUUUUUAUAAAUAUAUAUACAUGUAAUUAUAAGUAUUUUCAAAUAUCAUUCAAAUUAAAGAAGCGUAAGUGCCUUUAUGAAUGCUUAUUUAAUUUUUUUUUCGUUUAAAAUUAACUGAGUUAAAAUAAAUUGAAAUUGUAGCUUUAAAAAAUUUAAAAUUAAACGUACUUAAAGCUAA